GCAGCGCUGCGCUCUCGGCGCGGUGGUGGAGGCGGUGGUAGAGGGGGAAGUCGCUCUGCGGUGUCCGGAUGUGGACGUGGCACAGCGCUGCAGCAGUUCCGCUGGAUGUCCGCUUCUGAGACACCGAGGAGGGAUUAGUGAGAAACACCCCGGGACGACAUCGACUUCACAGUUUGUCGGCCACCGGGUUUCACACAGUUUCACCCAAACAGAGGAUAAGCCUUUACUAUUUACAACCCUUACGGAGAUUCAGUGAUGAACUGAGGAUGAAUGUAAACCAGCACACUCCAAUGGCCUCUCCGUAUGGCCAGCCCCAGCCUGGCUACGGCCAGCCCGGCUACGCACCGCUGGAUGGGGGAUACCCUGCACCCUACGCUCCUUACAACGGCCCUGCUUCAGCCUACCAGCCCGGGGCUCCGCCUCAAGGUUAUUCUCCUUUCACAAGCUUUCCCUCUAAGGCUGUGGCUGCCAACCCAGUCUCAGACCUCUCCUCUCCUCUUGACUUAGGUCCUGCCAGGGGUCCACCUGUCUCUGGAGCCCCUCCAGUCUCAGCACCUCAACCAUAUAACCAGUACAGUCACAGUCAAGGGAACAUACAGAAUGGACCCCCACCUAUGACACAGGCACCACCCAGGCCUGCUGUGUCUCAGCCAUACAACCAGGGAGCUGUGAACCUGUCGGGGCCACAGCCCUCCUAUCCCCAACACUACGGGCCUCCACCCACAAUGCAGCAGGUCACUAACCAGAUGACUGGGAUGCAGAUCACCUCUGGACCGCCAACCCCCGCAGGACCAGGAUACGCUCCACCUCACAGCUCCCAGCCGCCUGUCAGCACCGCCUACUCGGCCGCGCCUCCACCCUCUUACACCCAAGCCCCUCCGCCUGCGUCCUCUGCCCCGACCCAACCGCCGCCUCCCAGCGGCCCUGCAGCUUCUCAGCAAUACUACCGAGGUCCGCCACCUCCUUCUCAACAGCCAUUCAACUCUUCUCUCCCCCCUACCUCUCAACAGCAGUUCACCUCUUCUGCGCCGCAGCAUCCUCCCGCUCAGCAAACCUUUCCUCCCUCCUCCUACUCGGGUCCCGUUCCUCCACCCAGCCAAGGUGCUCCUGCUCCUCCAGUGUCCCAGCCACAGCAGCCUUUCCCUCCAAGCCAGCCCCCCUUCUCCUCAGCACCUCCACCUGUCAGCCAGCCUUCCUUCAUGUCCGGCCCUCUUCCUCCUCCUACCCAGGGCUCAUUCCCACCUAGAGCACCACCUCCUUCCUCUCAGCCUGGCUCUUUUCCUCCUCCUGGUCCUCCAGGCCCUCCAACUUCACUUCCCUCUGGUCAAUACCCAGGCCACAUGCCACCCCAACAGCAGCCCCCUCCAUCCCAGCCACCCCCUUACCACUCAGGUCCCCCUCCUCCCAGUGUUCAGAUGCCUCCCACUUCCAUGGCCCAGAGUAACCACCUCCCUCCAGGACCACAGGGCCCACCUGGCCCCCCUGGCCCCCCCGGCCCAUUGCAGCAGCCUCCAUCUCAGCCCGGCAUGCCGGGAGGAUACCCUCCUCAGCAGAACGGUGCGUUUGGGCAGGUGAGAGGCCCUCAGCCUGGAUAUGCAGGCCCUUAUCCCGGGCAACCUCCAAACUACGGAGCCCCUGCACCAGCACCGGUUCCUGCUCCCCCUGCACAGAAAAGACUUGACCCAGAUGCCAUUCCUAGCCCGCAAGCGUCUGACAUGCCGGCUGUGCAGAAAUCAAGACAUAGAAUAGACCCAGACGCUAUCCCCAGCCCAAUCCAGGUAAUAGAGGAUGACAAGGCUAAGAGCACUGAGCCAUUCACCACGGGGGUCAGAGGUCAGGCCCCGCCGCUCGUCACCACCAACUUCCAGGUCAAAGACCAAGGGAAUGCCAGUCCCAGGUUUAUCCGCUGUACGGCCUACAAUAUGCCUUGCACAGCCGACAUGGCCAAGCAGUCUCAGGUGCCACUGGCUGCCGUCAUCAAGCCCCUCGCCACACUGCCACCAGAUGAGAACCCUCCAUACCUGGUGGACCAUGGCGAGGGUGGUCCAAUCCGCUGCAACCGUUGCAAGGCCUACAUGUGUCCUUACAUGCAGUUCAUAGAGGGAGGGCGCCGCUUCCAGUGUGGCUUUUGCAGCUGUGUCACAGAGGUGCCUCCACAUUACUUCCAGCAUCUGGACCACACUGGUAAGAGGGUGGACUGCUAUGACAGGCCAGAACUUUCGAUGGGCAGCUACGAGUUCCUGGCCACUGUUGACUACUGUAAGAACAACAAGCUUCCUCAGCCUCCAGCCUUCAUCUUCCUGAUCGAUGUGUCCUACAACGCUGUGAAGAGCGGCAUGGUCAACAUUGUCUGCCAGGAACUCAAGACGCUCCUAGACUAUCUGCCGAGGGAAAACCCAGAAAUGGACUCUGUGGUGCGGGUUGGUUUUGUCACCUACAACAAGGUUUUACACUUCUACAAUGUCAAAUCGAGCCUGGCCCAGCCUCAGAUGUUGGUGGUGUCUGACGUAUCAGACAUGUUUGUACCUCUGCUGGAUGGUUUUCUGGUCAACGUCAACGAGAGCCGGCUAGUUAUCGAGAGCUUGCUAGACCAGAUCCCAGAGAUGUUUGCAGACACCAGGGAGACGGAGACUGUGUUUGGACCCGUCAUCCAGGCAGGACUGGAGGCCCUGAAGGCUGCGGACUGUGCAGGGAAGCUGUUUGUGUUCCACACCUCUCUGCCCAUCGCAGAAGCUCCUGGAAAACUAAAGAACAGAGAAGACAAGAAGCUGACUGGGACAGAUAAGGAGAAGUCUCUGUUUCAGCCCCAGGUUAGUUUCUACAACACCCUGGCGAAGGAGUGUGUAGCCCAGGGCUGUUGCGUGGAUCUCUUCCUCUUCCCCAAUCAGUACGUGGACGUUGCCACGUUAGGGGUGGUUCCUGUCUCCACUGGAGGUUCUGUCUACAAAUACACCUACUUCCAGGCUCAGUCAGACAAGGAGCGAUUCCUGAACGACCUCAGACGAGACGUCCAGAAACUAGUAGGGUUUGACGCCGUCAUGAGGGUUCGAACUAGCACAGGUAUCCGAGCAACAGACUUCUUCGGCUCCUUCUUCAUGAGUAACACCACAGAUGUGGAGCUAGCAGGCCUGGACUGUGACAAGGCCAUCACUGUCGAGUUCAAGCACGAUGACAAGCUCAGCGAGGAGACGGGGGCACUCAUGCAGUGCGCCGUGCUGUACACCAGCUGCAGCGGCCAAAGGCGUCUCCGCGUUCACAACAUGGCGGUCAACUGCUGCUCUCAGCUGGCUGACCUCUACCGCAACUGCGAGACCGACACGAUCAUCAACUUCUUCUCCAAAUAUGCUUUCCGCGGCGUCCUCAGCAACCCCACCAAGGCGGUGAGAGACACCCUGAUCAACCAGUGUGCUCAGAUUCUGGCCUGCUACCGGAAGAACUGUGCAAGCCCCUCAUCAGCUGGUCAGCUAAUCCUCCCAGAGUGCAUGAAGCUGCUACCGGUCUACCUGAACUGUGUGCUGAAGAGUGACGUUCUUCUGCCGGGAGCCGACGUCUCGUUGGACGACCGAGCCUACCUGAGGCAGCUGAUCAGCUGCAUGGAUGUCUCAGAGAGCCACGUCUUCUUCUACCCGCGCCUGCUGCCACUGACAAAGUUGGAGAGCGGCUCGUUGCCAGUGGCGGUGAGGGACUCAGAGGAGAGGCUUUCUAAAGGCGGAGUUUACAUCCUGGAGACGGGUCUCCACCUCUUCCUGUGGGUGGGAGCCAGCGUCCAGCAGGAGCUGCUGCUUAACAUCUUCGGCACGCCGAGCUUCAGCCAGAUAGACGCGAGCAUGACAAGUCUGCCAGUGCUGGACAACCCCUUCUCUCAGAGACUCAGAGAGAUCAUCGACUCGUUCAGAGCUCAGCGAUCACGAUACAUGAAGCUAAUGGUGGUGAAACAGGAAGACAGAACAGAGCUGAUAUUCAGGCACUUCUUGGUCGAGGACAAGAGCGCCAGCGGGGGAGCGUCAUACGUGGACUUCUUGUGUCACAUGCACAAGGAGAUCCGCCAGCUUCUCAGCUAGGCGUAUAAACUCCCACCUUCCCCACCUGUAUGCCUCCCCCUCCAUCCUCCCCUCCUGGUUCACCCUACCUUGUGAAAGAAAGCGCUUUAUCUUUUUUCCUCUUUUUUUUUUUUUUUUAAACCUAAUAAACUAAAGUUCUACUCGCUGUCUGUCAGCUGGGCGUCACAGACCAGCUGACAGAUCCCGUUGUGCGUGUGUGUGUGUGUUAGUGCAAGUGUGUGUAUGAGAGAGAGAGAGAGAGAGUCUGUUAAUAGAGCUUUACUCUGCCUCAAAUCUACUGCUCCAACACAGCAGGAGCAAAAUAACUGACGAGGGAGGGUAACGUGUAUAUACACAAGUGAACAAUAUGUAUGCAACAGACUGAGUGAGUGUCGGAGACGGCUGAUGUUGACUGUAGUCGGUGAACUGUCUGUAUUACUCGCACUGAAAAGGCUGUUUCGGGUGAAUAAACAACCCUCGGAUAGCAAACACUUUUUAUAUGAUUGAAUCCCAAUAGAGUGAAGGACAUCUAUAUACCAAGACAUAAAUGGAAUUAAAAAUAAAUGCUGUUCUUUCUGUCUCUUCUCUCUUUUAAUCAU